AAAAUUUUCAAGUGCUUUAUGACAAUCAUGGGAAUUCAAAAGCCUGCAUGGUUAGAAGCACUUUACACUCAGAAAUUCUUCGUGGGAUGUUCAUUUCACGAGACAGCAAAGAAGAACGAGAAGAACAUUUGUUGUUUAGAUUGCUGUAUUAGUAUUUGCCCUCAUUGUAUAUCAUCGCACCGGUUUCAUCGCCUUCUUCAAGUUCGUCGAUAUGUUUAUCAUGACGUUGUUCGACUCGAAGAUCUUCAAAAACUUAUAGAUUGUUCUAACGUUCAGCCUUAUACCAUUAAUAGUGCCAAAGUGGUGUUCAUCAAGAAAAGACCUCAAAAUAGACAAUUCAAAGGGUCGGGAAAUUACUGCACUUCUUGUGCUCGAAGUCUCCAAGAACCUUAUAUUCAUUGCUCCCUUGGAUGCAAGGUGGAUUUCGUUCUGAAGCAUAAGAGGAACUUAUCUUCAUAUCUCAAACCGUGUAAUUCUCUCCCACUCAGUAUGGAUUUUUUAGUUCAAGACAUGGGAGACGACGAGAUGACGAACGAGACUCCUCAUUCCACCAUUGUCGACUACGACGAACCGAUGAGCUCGUCGUCUUCAGGAUCUGAAACCAUGAGCAUCCCUCACACACCCAUAAUUCGAAAGAAAAGAACCGGUGUUUAUCUGUGCGGAAGAUCUACUUCGAAAAUUUCUAACGAAGACAUGACAACGAGUAUAAGCAUCAAUAGAAGGAAAGGCAUCCCUCAUCGUUCUCCUUUGUGUUAAGAAACACAAAAAACCCUUCUUUUUUUCAUCUAAAUGGCUGACUUUUUUUCUUGACAAUUUGACUCAAAACCCUAAUUAAUCAAUCAAUUGGUCGGAGGGUUUGUCUUAAUGGCUUCACGUGGCUCCCAAUUCCAAGU